AUGAAGGUGGCAAUUUUCUUGAUCAUCUUCUUGGUGUUAUGUAAUGAAUUGAUCGUGAAUAUUGAGGCAAGGAAUAUGAGGCCUAAUAAGAAGCACAAGAAAGGGUCAAACUCAAAGCAUGGUCUUCAUCAGAAAAGUAGUAAUACUUUGAGUAAUGCAUCAAAGGGUGAUUAUUAUUCUAAUGAUCAUCACCACAAACAAGUAAAAGAUCAACAAACUAGUAAAGCUGAACAUGUUAUCGAUGAUUUCAGGCCAACUUCACCAGGUCACAGUCCGGGUGUUGGUCACUCCAUUCACAACUAA